AUGGCAUCAUCUGGUCCCCGCCUCUCCACGCUGAUCACCUGGCUACUUUACUUUGUACCAGUGUAUAUCUUCAUCGUGGAUCCGCUCGUUCGCUCCUGGGCCCCGGAAGGUACCACGAGGAUAUCAUGGCUAACUGGGACCACAGCCGGUCCAAAUGCCGAUGAUGGAGACGUGUCCGAGGAAUUUACACCGUCUACGUUGCAUCUCACCGAUGACAGCUUUAUCAGCCCUGAGGAUGGGGUUCCUGCUCAUUGUCCCGGCGAGGCAGACGGGUAUCGAGUGCAUUUGCUCUCGCGGGUUCCUUUGGUUUUGUAUGUUGAGAAAUUUGUCAGCGACCAGGAGGCGGAUCAUUUGAUCAAAGUGAGUCUGGACAAGUACUCCCCAUCCAUCAUCUACGACGGCGUGAGUGAACGCGUCGACCCAAGCAAACGACUCUCCGACCGCGCCCUCCUCGACCGCGACGACACCGUCCGGUGUCUCGAAGAGCGCGCUCGUGCAUUCCAAGGCUGGCGUCCACAUCUCUACAUCGAGCGCAUGUGGGCCCAACGCUACAACGCCUCGGGCCACUACCGUCACCACUACGACUGGACGGGCUCCCUUGCUCGCGGCGGAGACCGGCUGAGCACGUUCAUGGUGUAUCUGGGCGCGGACUGCGAAGGCGGCGGGACGCAUUUCCCUCGGUUGGCCAGGCCGGAGGGCCAGCAGUGGUGUCGGUUCUUGGACUGUGAGGAAGAGGUGGGGAUUACGUUUAGGCCGUUGAAGGGGAAUGCGAUCUUUUGGGAGAAUCUGGGCCCGGAUGGGUUGGGGUACCCUGAGACGUGGCAUGCGGCGUAUCCGGUGAAGUCGGGGACGAAGGUGGGAUUGAAUAUUUGGAGUUGGUAUCAGCCGCCGCUGAGAAAGAGGAGGGGGAGAUUGUGA